AGGUGAGGAGGCUGGAGGGCAGCGGCAGGAGCCCACGAAUCCAGCAGCACAACGCACGCGCAGUGAAAGGCAGUGAAGGCGGCGCGGCGCGUAUGGCAUCCUGGGAGUUGUAGUCUUGUGCGCAAGCGCCCUCCGAGCCCGGCGGGAGGUUUGCGCAGGAGGGCUGAAAUGACUGACAUCUGAUUGGCUGUCCCCCCCAAAAUGAAAAGUCUUUCUGGUCCUGGGCUGAGACCCACGAGGAGACGGGGCGGGAUUUCGGGCCGCAGGAGGCGGGGCCUCUGGGCUUUGGGCGCGAGCGGUUGAAAAGACUGUAGGUGUCGGUUCGGCUGCUCUGGUGGGAUUCCGCCGUCCCCGUUGGUCCCCAUGGCUGACCCUGAGGAGUUGCAGGUUUCCUCGCCGCCCCGGCCGCCUCCGUCUUCUCCUUCAUCUUCAGACACUUCUUCAGCAUCUUCGCCGGGCGUCCCAGUGAGUUUGGGCUGGCGAAUUCCGAGCAGGAGCAGCGGCCGGACGGUGGACCCGCUGGAAGAAGUGGAGCUGCAGAUCGGUGACGCAGCAUUUUCAUUAACUAAACUUCUUGAAGCCACAUCUGCAGUAUCAGCUCAAGUGGAAGAGCUUGCCUUCAAAUGUAUGGAAAAUGCACGUUUCCUUAAAACAUGGCGGGACCUCUUGAAAGAAGGCUAUGAUUCUUUGAAACCUGACAACUGAUUUGACAUGCUUAGUUGUUUAAAUAAUGACUGUAAUAACUCAUACUUCCUCAUAUGUGAUAUUUGCACAUUACCGCAUGUAUAGGAUGAUCUCUUUUCAGCAGUUUUGUAUACUCAGAAUGAAAUUUUUCUUGACUUUUGUGAAAAUAGAAUACUGAUGUUUUUGAUGCUGGCCAGUACUUGUUUAUCCUUAAAUACUGUCUUCUCUCUAAACUUUCAUAGAAUCCUUUAUGAAAGUUAAUUUCAUCAGUAAAUGGUUUAUAUUAAUAGUGCCACAGUGCUACUAGUAGCAAACUAAGUAGGCCAUUAUUUGUUUUGCAACAAGAUGCUAAGAAUGGCAGAAUUUGAAGUUGAGCUUUAUCUUAUGGACCCAAGGAAGGUAACUGUAAGGUCACCAAUCAUAGAUUGGCAUUAGGCUAUGUUUUCUGGAGACAGUGAUUGUUUUUUAUUUACUUCUAUAACUCCAGCACCUAAAAAAGUGUCACACAACACUCACUAAAUGUUUGUUGAAUAAAGGAGUUGACAAACAUAAU